CGGAGAGAGCUCUGCCGUCGUCCACGAGGGCGGGCGUUCGUUCGUUCUCACAGCGCCGAGACACCCAAGUAAUGCGAGUUUUGUUUUCAUCAGAGUGUAUCAUCGCGCCUGGAGCACCUGUGAUGCUGUUGGAUCUGCUGACCCUCUCGUAUUCGCGAACACGAUCCUUCCCAGGGCUCUCGGUUUUACGGUGGCGCGACUGCGCGUGAAGACCUCGGGAUCGGCCACCGCCGGGUGACGGGUUAUUUCCCCGUACCUGAGAACUGCUUUGGUAUUCCACGUAUAUUCGAACUGACAGGGACUGCCGUUGGCGAACCGCGGGGAAUCGUGCUGGAUGGUCUCUUUCGGGAUAAAGACAGCCGAUGCCCACUCUGACACGAGAACUUCAGCAUACGAAUUUGCUCCGUGAGGACGUUUUCAUAGACUGAGACGUUCCAUUGGAUAUUCCGUGUUGCAGGCAGCAGCUCCGGUGAGGCAUUCACUGCUUGGACGCUUGUGCCUGAAUACAGUGCCGGUCCGUGAAACCUCUUGGAUAUACAUUUUUUUUUUUUUUUGCUUUUGGUCUGGUUUGGCCCCCGCUUUUUUGGAUUACUGACGCCCAUUCUCUUUAAAGAAUUGACGGACAAAUCAUCAGAGGGUACGGCGAGAACUAUGUGCGUGUAGAACUGGGAGGAAUGCCCCAGACUCUGUGCUCCAGCACUAUGUUCACUCCCAGCGGCUUCAGCCCCCACCUGGUCCCGAGCGAGGACCCCCAGGGGGAAGGUCCUGGCCCCGGUCCGGGCCCCGAACUUGCCGAGGGGCCCCUGCUGACCUCCGCCUCUCUGGACACCCUCAUCCAGCACCUGGUCCCCACCGCCGAUUACUACCCCGAGAAAGCCUACGUCUUCACCUUCCUGCUCAGCUCCCGGCUCUUCAUAGCUCCACCUGAGCUCCUGUCUCGGGUCUGCCAGCUGUGCAUCAAACAGCAGCAACUGGACCAGAUACCCCUGGAUAUGGCCAAGGUGCGGAAGUUCGGGCCGAAGAUCCUCCAGCUGCUGACGGAGUGGACGGAGACGUUCCCCUCCGACUUCCGGGAGGAACAGAUGGUGGGACACCUGAAGGACAUCAUCCACAGGAUAGCGCCGUGUGACGAGGCGUACUGGAAGACCAUGAACCAGAUCCUGCAGAACCUCAGCCAGAAGCUGGCCGCCAUGAGCCAGAGCGAGGAGGGCCUGGUGAAGUUCAACGUCUCCUCCUCCGCCUCGGACAAGAUGGUGGCCUACAAGACCAAGCCCUCGCCCAUCCAGAAGGACGUCCUCAGCAUCUGCAGCGACCCCUACACCCUCGCCCAGCAGCUCACUCACGUGGAACUGGAGCGUUUGAGUCACAUUGGCCCAGAGGAGUUCGUCCAGGCCUUUGCCCAGAAAGACCCACUGGACAGCUCACAGCCCUGCUUCAGUGACCAGAAGAAGAAAACUAGCAAUCUUGAGGCCUACGUCAAGUGGUUUAACAGGCUGUGUUACCUGGUUGCCACGGAGAUCUGCAUGCCGGCGAAGAAGAAACAGCGCGCCCUGGUGAUCGAGUUCUUCAUCGACGUGGCGCGAGAGUGCUUCAACAUCGGCAACUUCAACUCCCUCAUGGCCAUCAUCUCUGGAAUGAACAUGAGUCCAGUUUCCCGUCUGAAGAAGACUUGGGGCAAAGUGAAGACGGCCAAGUUCUUCAUCCUGGAGCAUCAGAUGGACCCGACCGGAAACUUCUACAACUACCGGACCGCGCUGAGGGGCGCCGCCCACCGGUCCCAGACCGCCCAUAGCAACAGGGAGAAGAUCGUCAUUCCGUUCUUCAGCCUGCUGAUCAAGGACAUCUACUUCCUGAACGAGGGCUGCGCCAAUCGGCUGCCCAACGGGCACGUGAACUUCGAGAAAUUUGUGGAGCUGGCUCGGCAGGUGGGGGAGUUCAUGGCCUGGAAGCAGGUGGAGUGUCCGUUUGAGGAGGAGCGGAACAUCCUGCACUACCUGCACUCCGCCCCCAUCUUCACUGAGGACGGUCUGUACCUGGCUUCGUAUGAAAGCGAGAGCCCGGAGAACCAGGUGGAGAAGGACAGGUGGAAAGCUCUCAGAACCUCCAUCCUGGGGAAGACAUGAGGACGGAUCUUCACCCGCCAAUCACCUCAGCAGCAGGGCGUGUUCUUUGCACUAAAACAAGACUGUGAAAGAGCCUAGCUGGUACUUAGGUAUUUAUACUGCGAUUUUUAAAUAGGGAAAGGUGAACAGGAUUCAUCUGGAUUCGUGACAGGAGCAUGAAAAACUGUACAGUGAAGACACCGGGGGGAACUCGUCAAAACUGGGAGUGUUACUGUCACUUUGUUCCCUUGGUUUGACACUCAAGACCCGGAGCUGAAGAACCUGUCUUGUUUAUAUGUAGAUAGUGAGAGAGAAAGAGAGAAUAUAAAUAUGUGUACAGUAGUGUGUGGGAGGCAGACAUGGCCUCUGGUUAUUGUGUAUUUAUUGUUGUUUGUGUUAACCACCCUUACAGAGUGAGGAUUUUAAACUACACGAGAGACAAACUGGUGCUUUUGCUUUUUCAUAAUUUAAGUUGUUUUUUUUUUCCAUUCUGUGCGCUGUGGUCUUGUGUUAGUUUUGAUAUUGUAACAUAAAUGCUGUUGUGACUCUGUUGUGAAGGCUAAUAGUGGGUGAGCCCUUGGGGAAAUGUGGGCCCUUCUAUUGGCCCUGGGGUGGAUUUGGUCCCCUUCUAUUGGCCCUGGGGUGGAUUUGGUCCCCUUCUAUUGGCCCUUGGGUGGAUUUGGUCCCCUUCUAUUGGCCCUUGGGUGGAUUUGGUCCCCUUCUAUUGGCCCUGGGGUGGAUUUGGUCCCCUUCUAUUGGCCCUUGGGUGGAUUUGGUCCCCUUCUAUUGGCCCUUGGGUGGAUUCGGUCCCCUUCUAUUGGCUCUUGGGCUGGUUUGAUCCCCUUCAAUUGGGUCCCUGGGCUGAUUUGGUCUCUUCUAAAAUGCACCUAUUGGAAGUUGCUGUAGUUGCUGAUUACACUGGAGAUCUGGGGAUGAGCUAAGAGAGAGAGAGAGGGAGGGGGGGGGUGGAGGAAGAAGGAAAGAGAAAAAGGUAAAGAGAGAGAGAGGGUGGGGGAGAGAGGGAAAGGGAAAGAGAUAGAAAGGGAAAGAGAGAGAUGGAGCUGGGUCCUCCAUAAAAGUCUUCCUCUUACCCCGCCAUGGUCAACUUCCUGUCUGCCCUCACAGCUUCCUCUCUCUCCAGCAGACCCUUUGAGCUUGCUUCUGAGAAGGCUGUCAGUGAUUAGUCUUGAGUGGAGAGAGGGGGUCUUUGUCAGGAAGCGCCUUCUCACAAUAGCUGCCCAGACAACCUUGUCAGCACAAACAGCGGUGUCUCUGAAGAAAUAAAAUCCAGUGUAUCAUAUUUACAACAGAGGAAAAAAUUUUUUUUUUUUAACC